GAAGAGGAGGUGUUGGGAGUCAGAAAGAAUAUUUUUCUAUAAUAUUCUUCUAUAAUAAUCUUUAUUUGUGUUGUGUAGUUUAAUGUGCUUCCACUUUGGAUAUAUAAAAGAGUGAUAAAGCAUGGCAUACUUAAAGAAUAGGCCGAUUCCACCCACAAAUCACCUACAUGCAACUUAUUUUUUAUCAUUAUAGUUAAUCAGUUGAUUAUAACGCUACGUGAUCAGUUAAAAAUUCCUAAUGGUACGACUAUUCAGAAACGGUAUUAUAUGUCAUUGAAACCAAGCAUUGUAUAUAAGACGAGACGAACAUGGAUAUAAUUAGGCUUCAUCUGAUUUUUUGUAUAAUAUUCUUAUUCUGAAAGUAACACAUAUGAUUGAAGUACUUACGUCGGCAUAGAUCGACUUAUACUGUCACAUGAUUUUAAAUGUCAGCUGAUCAAGCGCGGCAAAACGAAGGUAGUUCUGUUUUUUUAAUAAAACUUGACUAUGGGGAAUUUCCCAUCCACGUGUCAAAAUACAGCACACAGAACGCCGGGUCAAAACAAACAAUGCGAUUGGCUUAGACCGCACAGUGCUCGCCCUAUACUGUGAGAAAUUCGAUUCUCUUAAAGGCACAAAACAUCGUUAUUGUUCUUAAUCCAAAAUGAAAAGCAAAAUGUUAUUUUCUCCGCACAGAUGAUAUAUAACAACUUAAAAUCUGGACAAUAAAUGAAAUAAGUUAUUUGAAAACUACCUCAUUCAAUAUACUUGAUAAGCCAAAUUAUGAAAAUUGAACACUGUAGGUCUAUGUGUACUUGAAUUCCUUCAAACUUUAAUUCUUAAUUCAAUAAGCACAGAACAUCAGUGUUUUUUAGGAAUACAAUCAACAGGACGAAUAAUGAGUAAACUGUACAAUAAGGAUUCAAUAAUGCAUAAAGUUUUUAAGAAAGUACUGGCACUUUAAGGACUCUAUUUACUUUCUUUCGGGUGUUUUUUUCUAAAGGGGGCGGUACACUGACGUUUCUGAAAUAAGCGCGUAGCAGACUAUCAGCAUGAAAACUGUGGUGGAGGGUUACUGAGAAGAAGUUUUGCUUGUCAAGACAGAGAAUCCAUCAACUACGUCGGACCUCAACUGGCGGCUGACUAUCGCUGAGGCCCCACAUGGACGAUGACGAUGACGAUGUGUUCCACACGGACCCGCUCACCUAUCAGCCCCCGUUCAGGGAUAUAAAGUGUGAGAAUCGGGGCACGCAGACGCCCGGCCCAGCCCUGGUGCAGGGCCUCAACAUGCUGCCCUGUGGCGUGGGCCAAGAGCCACGCAGACUCUUCUACGGUAGUGCAGGCUUGCGGCUGCAUUUCCCGGCACUUUCGGUGCCCGGCGGGCACCCGCCGCAGGAGGAGCGGCAGCCCGACGACCGCCCGCAACCGAGCGCCGAGGUCCGGAUUGGCCAGAAGCUUCAGAUGAUUGGAGACCAGUUUCACCAAGACCAACUCCAGUUGUACCACAGAAACCAAAGGAAUCAGCAGCCGGUGUGGUGGCGGCUUGUGAUGGCGCUGUGUGGCCUCCUCUUCGAGAGGCGCCAAAGAGCAGAGCAGAGAUGAGGCAUCCGCCUCCCCCACCCCCACCCCCGAAGGAGGGGCCGGACUUCAGAUGGCACUGUAAGAUUGAACACGGGUCUGGAAGAAGGAGAAAGUCACCGCGGGCCGGAGGCUUCAACAGUUUCUUUUUGUUUUUUGGUCCCCACCCCUGCCCCAAGAAGAAGCCAUGUUCUCCAAGUUCUACAGGAGUUGCUGUUUUCAUGACUGUGUAAUAUAGUAUUUUGUACAGUUUGUUCUUAAUUCAUUUUUAAUUUUUUGCACUUCCAUAUUUGUACACCUAGAACAACCUCCGUCUGCCCUAGGAUUGCUUUAUUCCCUCUUGCCAUAAUGGAAUGACUGUCAGGGGGAGGAGCGUGGACAUGCGUGUGCUCCUACAUGCGUGGAAGCGUGUUUUAGUCUGAUGGAGAAGUGUGGGUAAGGGGAAGAAGUACAGAGGGGGCAAAAUCCUCAUCUCAGCUUUGGUUCAGGAGUCCGAAGCGUCUGCAGGUUAAACUGAUCCACUUGACGUCAGACUUUCCAAAGAUCCAGUUUUUCAGAACAAACAUUUUUGGACUAUUUCAGAGUUUUUUUUUUUUUUUCUUUUAAACAACAUCAUAUUCUGAAUUGUUAAAUAUUCUUUGAUCUUCCAGUGCGUGCUUCACGAUUUUUUUUGUUGUAUUUCUAAAAAUGAGUUUUUGUAAGACACACACACACACACACACACACACACACACGCAAACGCACGCACACUGUCUGCCAUUGACUUCGAGCGCCUUGCCCUGGGCGCCCAGCAGAGCCUCUGUCCGCCUGCACGCUGGGAGUGGCCGGGCAGACUCACGGGGCUGAGUGCUUCAGUGGGCACCUUCUGCGGCAGGCGGAGCCCUGAUAUGCAGUCCUUAACGCCAUAUAUUUGCACUAUUGAGAGUCGGCUGUGGAGGAGCGCAGAGCACAGGCCCCCGUCCCGUGGGACGCGGAAGGGAUCACGCAGAGACGGCAGUUAGGAGCAGCGGGACAAGCCGGGUGGGGUCCUCACAAAGGCCACCUGACCCGGGGGGGACCCUCUGUUAACGGACCUGGAAACUGACGGGCAUUGUGUCGCCGUGGGUGAGGAUCGACCUGGAGCAGCUGCGAUACCUGUGACGGGUCACCGUUUGCGAUGAGCCCAUUUGGACCCUCUUCUGGAUCGCCCUGCAGUCUCAGUAUUUUGCAGGCCCCACAUAAAGUGUACUUUUUAAACACCCACUGCCAAUACUUUUACCUGCAGAUGUUUUUUUUUUUUUUUUUACUAGGACAGCAAUACUGUACUGAGAAAAGUAAAGCUGUGAAAUGACCACAACUCUAAUCUCAGGAUCACAGUCUGGGUUUCCAAACAUCAAACCUUUUUUUCCCCCAGUUGAUACAGAGUACUUCUUCAUCAGAGUACUUCUUCAUCAGAGUACUUCUUCAUCAGAGUACUUUAUCAGAGUACUUCUUCAUCAGAGUAC